AUGGCGACACCGACAGCAAGUAAGCCUGGCGCUGGCCAAGCCGUCGCAACACCGCCAGUCUCUACGCCCUUCUCAGCCUCGAAUCAUCCCAGCCAUCCGGCAUUCUCACCUCAUGGUCCCCGUUCGGUCAUGCCCUCUCCCCAGCAAGUCAAGAAAUCCCCAGCGAACUCCAAUACCAUGUACGGGUACCCGGGUGGUGGCCACCCCACCAAUUCGUCGUUUGGGGUGGGCUAUGACAGUCCUUCUGCGGCCAUGGCCCUGGGCGUGCCUGGGCUGGAGCUGGGGCUUGAGGGCCUUCCUGGGGGAAUGGGCACGCCGGUUGGAGGGGUCAGUCUGGGACACUUGGGGGGUGCGAGAGCGGAUGAGGACGAGAGGAAGAGGAGGCUGGGGCAGGUUAUGGAUAUUUUGAAGGUCAGUAAAGGUCGCCUCAGUGGAGAAGGUGUCGAACGAUUGGGUUUGCGACUGGGCUUCGAGUGUAUGUGGGAUUCGACGCCGCCUGGAGCUCCGAGGUUAUUGAUUAUAGCUGGGAAAGCGCUGGCUUUGGACAUAACUUUCGAUCGCAACGUUGUGCAGAAAGUUGCUUUGUCGUUUCCCGAGUCGCCGGAGAUUGUUACCAGGCAUUCGAACAAGGCCGAAGACAUAUUAUUGCGGGACGUGCAAUGCCAGACACAUGAAAGUCCGUUGACGAAGAAGUUGGACCGCUUUGCCGCAAAUCUGGAGAUUCUGGCAACUUUGGAUAAACUCAGUGUCAUCCCUGGUCUGAAUUGUCAUGAGGCAAUUGCGGGGAUAUUUGAGAGUGUGGAGAGAUUGCAUUUAUGGGAGGUGGAGAGGCUGAAGGAGACGCAGGAGAUGGCUGAGAAGGACGAUGCAUACGUUAUCAAGACGGCGAUGUGUACGAAAAGUGGAAAGCCGAUCAUGCACACAAGAGAUCGAUUGGGUAUGAGUCUGGACUACUGGCAGGAGAAACGGAAGUUAUCCAGCAACAAGGAGGAAAAGACAUGGUCGCUACUUGUUGAUUGUGCUCCACUGCCAGGUCUGAACUUCACGCCGAUACGCGUUUCCGAACAUUGGAUAUCGGCAGACAUACAAAAGGCAAAUGCUACAGUCGAGGAUAUGCUACUAGAACCGGAUAAUGGACCUGUGCUGGACUGGUUAGAUCCUGAUAAUACGAUGCUUCCGUCUGCGGAUGCUCCCAAACCGGAUGCUAUAGAUGGCGUGGAAGGAACCACAGAUCAAAAGUUCCCGGAAGUCAUGUUCGUCGCCAAGUUCGAUCCUCCGCUUGUUGUGCCAUAUAUGUUGGCGACCCAGAUUUAUGACUCGACAAGUGCCCCGAUUGACCAUUAUGCGACGACUACAUUUGACGAACUUAUGUUUCCUCGUAAGCCGGAGGAUGAAGUGCAUACUGACGGUCGCCGGAUCACAAGAGAGUCCAAAGUGACAGUCUAUUCAAAGGAUGGAGAGAAGAGUACAGUUGUUCAUAGAAGCGACUUGUGGAUCGAUAAGAUCGAUUAUGGUCGCACGUUGACAGAGCUACCUUUCUCCCAUCCCAGACAGCUGGUACAGAUGUUGCCAGCCCUCCGUCAAUACGCCUUCCUAUCCACACUCCUCAGCAAAAGCUUUGGCUCCAAAUCUCAACCGCCAUCAAAGCCACCGCAGAAGACAGAAAUCCACAGCAAAAGAGCUCAAUUCGCAGAUUUCAUGUCCGGGAUCUCGAUCAACGUUAAGACCAUGGAUGUAAGUCUCACCACACAACCGCAUCUCCGCCUCAGGACCAAUUUCCCGUUCAAGAAAGUUACGGUGGAAGUAACUUUUGAAAUCAAUCUGAAUGGAGCUGUAGAGGUUGUGUAUGAGAGUUUGCUAAGGGAGGCUGGAGAUAGGGGAAAGGGUAUGACUGCGAAGGAUUUGGCGAGAAUGCUGGAGGUGGCGGAGGAUUUGGGGAUUUGGCUAGAGUUCGUAAAAAGGCGUUUGGGAUAG